GCACUUCCCCACGUUUGACUUUCCAGUCUUACAAUCAGUUCCGCAGUCAUAUAUCAACGGACAAUUCCCCUCGAGGUUCUUUCUGUUGAUCCUCUCAUCACUCUCUCCCUACCCUCUUGUGGCUUUACGACAUAGUCAUCAGGUCAAUACUGUCCUAUCGUGCACAUACCUCCAACGAGAAGAGUCGUACCUAGAUACACAUCUCAUCCACCAUGGCCCCUCCCACGGCAACAUACACCGAGACCUCCAAUGUCCCCGCCUCCGGUUUCGACAAAGCGGACGCCCAGCCCGAAGGCACCGCACCCAACGAGCCCAAGUUGACGCAAAGCGGUGCCGAAGUUCAGAUGCAGAAGUUCCCUUCCCCGCCACGCUUCACGGACAAGUACGAGGAGAGAGAAUACCUCAAGGGCCGCCUCGCUCUCGCAUUCCGCCUGUUCGGAAAGUUUGGGUUCGAGGAAGGUGUCGCAGGCCACAUUACAUUGAGAGAUCCUGUGAAUCCCACCACCUUCUGGGUGAACCCCUUUGGCCUGGCCUUCUCGCAGAUCAAGAAAUCAGACCUGAUCCUGGUUGACCACGACGGCAAAGUCAUCGAUGGAGGCCCGAACCGCCUGCUCAACCAAGCCGCAUACAUGAUCCACGCAGCGGUCCACAAGGCCCGUCCAGACGUCGUCUGCGCCGCUCACUCACACAGCCUCUACGGCCGCGCCUUCUGCGCCCUGGGUCGACCGAUCGACAUCAUCACGCAGGAUAGCUGUGCCUUCUACAACGACCUUGCCGUGUACAACUCAUUCAAGGGUGUGGUCCUGGCCAAGGAAGAAGGAGAAAACAUCGCCCGUGCAGUUGGAAACAAGAAGGCUUGCUUGCUACAGAACCACGGUCUUUUGACGGUGGGACAGACGAUCGAGGCUGCCUUGUUCUGGUUCUGCUCUCUGGAGAAGUGUUGCCAUGCCCAACUCCUGGCUGAUGCGGCUGCUGCUGGUCGCGGAGGCGCUACGGUCAAGAUUGACGAUGAGGAUGCUGCUUUCACAUACAAGUCUGUCGGCACACCCAGGGCCGGUUGGUUCAGCGCGAAACCUCUCUUUGAUGUCAUGAUUCAAGAGAUUGGGGAUGAGUAUUUGAAGUGAGUGCAGGAAGAGAUGGUCGAUUUUUGCUCGGCUGCCGGAAGCAAAACGACGAUGAGGAGUGCAGCAUAAGGUGGUUCGUUGACCUGGUUUGCACCUGUUGUAAUUCACGAAAACAUUAUUGCCUUAUCCAUACCCACGAAUGAUAUAAAAUUAAAACAUUG